UUUCUUCCUUCCUCAUUCUGCGUUUCCCUCUCCCUUUCUUCUUCAUUCCUGAAGUUCUGCUCCUGCUUGUCCCUCUUCGAUUGUGAUUAGCAGAACCUUCACAACAUACAGACCCUUCUUCUUGGUCCCUUUCGUUCUCAAAGGUACCACGGCGAAGGGAACGAACGCUUGAUUUUUAAUUUCUGAAAGAUUUGAGAAAUGGGUAGUUCUGGAUUCUCGUGGAAAUUGCCGGAUCACCCUAAGCUCCCGAAGGGGAAGCCGAUAGCCCUCAUUGUUUUGGAUGGAUGGGGCGAGUCCAAGCCGGACGAAUAUAACUGCAUCCAUGUUGCCGAAACUCCCGUCAUGGACUCCCUGAAGCAGACCGCACCGGAGAGGUGGAGGCUGAUUAGAGCACAUGGUAAGGCUGUGGGGCUUCCUACAGAAGAUGAUAUGGGGAACAGUGAAGUCGGCCAUAAUGCCCUGGGUGCUGGUCGUAUUUAUGCCCAAGGUGCUCAGUUGGUGGAUCUUGCACUUGCAUCUGGGAAGAUUUAUGAAGGGGAAGGGUUUAAGUACAUAAAAGAAUGUUUUGAUCAAGGAACUUUGCAUCUUAUUGGGUUGUUGAGUGAUGGAGGAGUUCACUCACGGCUUGAUCAGUUGCAGUUAUUACUGAAAGGUGCUAGUGAGAAUGGUGCUAAGAGAAUCCGUGUGCAUGUGCUCACUGAUGGUCGGGAUGUGUUGGAUGGGUCAAGUGUAGGAUUUGUAGAAACUCUAGAGAGUGACCUUGCAAAAUUGCGCGAAAAAGGAGUUGAUGCACAGAUUGCAUCAGGUGGAGGACGUAUGUAUGUCACAAUGGACCGUUAUGAGAAUGACUGGGGUGUUGUUAAGCGUGGGUGGGAUGCCCAGGUUUUGGGCGAAGCACCUUUCAAGUUUCGGAAUGCUGUGGAAGCUGUCAAAAAGCUCAGAGAAGAGCCCAAGGCAAGCGACCAGUAUCUGCCUCCGUUUGUCAUUGUUGAUGAGAAUGGAAAAGCCGUUGGACCUAUUGUAGAUGGUGAUGCUGUGGUCACAGUUAACUUCAGAGCUGAUCGCAUGGUUAUGGUUGCAAAAGCUUUUGAAUAUGAAGAUUUUGACAAAUUUGACCGGGUCCGUGUUCCUAAAAUUCGUUAUGCUGGUAUGCUUCAAUAUGAUGGAGAAUUGAAACUUCCCAGUCACUAUCUGGUCUCACCUCCAGAAAUAGAGAGGACAUCUGGCGAAUAUCUGGUGCAUAAUGGUGUUCGUACUUUUGCCUGCAGUGAAACUGUGAAGUUUGGUCAUGUGACAUUUUUCUGGAAUGGAAACCGGUCUGGCUAUUUCAAUGCUGAUAUGGAGGAGUACGUGGAAAUUCCAAGUGAUAGUGGCAUUACAUUUAAUGUCAAACCCAAGAUGAAGGCCAUCGAGAUAGCUGAGAAGGCCAGGGAUGCCAUUCUCAGUGGAAAGUAUGACCAGAUUCGUGUCAACCUACCCAAUGGUGAUAUGGUGGGUCAUACCGGUGAUAUUGAGGCUACGGUCGUGGCUUGCAAAGCUGCUGAUGAUGCUAUUAAGAUGAUGCUUGAGGCUGUGGAAAGAGUUGGUGGGAUCUUUGUGAUCACUGCUGAUCAUGGGAAUGCUGAGGACAUGGUGAAGAGAAGCAAGACUGGCCAACCUAUGUUUGAUAAAAGCGGAAAUCUCCAGAUCCUUACAUCUCAUACCUUAUCACCUGUACCCAUUGCUAUUGGUGGCCCGGGCUUGGCGAAGGGAGUGAGAUUCAGGAAUGAUUUGCCGAGUGGUGGGCUGGCCAAUGUUGCUGCUACAGUGAUGAACCUUCACGGUCUGGAGGCACCGAGUGAUUAUGAACCUACUCUCAUCGAGGUCGUUGAUAAUUAGAAGGAUAGUGAAGAGCGAUAUCGAGCCCAUAUAUUGAUUUAACUUAGUAAUGUUUCUCAGUUUUGAUUUUCAUUGAGACAUUUUGUACCGGCCUUGAUACAAGAGGCUAAAAUAAUUUUGACUUGCUAUCCGUCAGGAUAAAGUUGAUUCACCAACAUAUAUCUACUCAUCAGGAUAAAGUUGAUUUUGUAUCGAUGCAGAUUCUUGAGGAAUAGAUUAAAGUUUGUCAAAA